AGCAAGCCUUUCAGAUUUGCCUGGGUUUUGUUGUUUGCGUUUUCUAUCAAGAUGGGAACUCGAACAAGUCAUUUCUCCUAAGGAUCGGGUGUCGCCACCAAGAAGGGACGGUUUGUGCCAGCUCUCCAGAGAGAAAAGGUCUGCUGGAAACACUGGGCAAUGAGCCGGAGACACCAGCCCGGAGUGGUCUGAAGCCAUUUGGGAAAGCAGAGAGAUCCUGGGGAAGAUGGCCAUGGCCCCAAGCUCUUCCUUGGCUCAGGUGUACACCAGCCCUGUGGCAGUGGUCGUGUGGGAGUGGCAGGAUGAGAUGGGCACCUGGCACCCCUACAGUGCCACUGUCUGUAACUACAUCGAGCAGCAGUUUGUCCAGCAGAAGGGCCAGCGCUUUGGGCUGGGGAGCCUGGCCCAUAGCAUCCCCUUAGGCCAAGCUGACCCCUCGCUGGCCCCUUACAUCAUCGACCUCCCCAGCUGGACCCAGUUCCGCCAGGACACUGGCACCAUGCGGGCUGUGCGGAGGCACCUGUUUUCCCAGCUCUCAGCCCCGGGCCAGGGCAUUGUCUGGGAGUGGCUGAACGACGAUGGCUCCUGGACAGCCUAUGAAGCCAGCAUUUGUGACUAUCUGGAGCAGCAGAUGGCCAGGGGCAACCAGCUUGUGGACUUGGCACCUUUGGGGUACAACUACAUCGUCAACUAUGCCACCCAAAUACAGACCAACAAGGUUUCGAACUACUGCCGUAGCGUGCGGCGCCAAGUAGGGCCCCCUUACCCAGUGACCACCAUCAUCGCUCCACCAGGCCACAUGGGAGUCGCCUGCUCUUGCCAUCAGUGCCUCAACAGUGGCGGAACUGGCCCUGUGUCAGGUCGCUAUCGCCACUCCAUGACCAGCCUCCCUGCAUACCCUACUCCUCAGACCCCCCAGAGGACUGCUGUUAUCUUUGGGGCCCACCAGGCCUUUGCCCCAUACAAUAAACCCUCACUCUCUGGAGCUAGGUCUGCACCCAGGCUGAACACCACCAACCCCUGGGGUGGGGUGCUGCCCUCCUUGGGGAACCAGCCCUUUUACUGCUCCAGCCUCUCCCACCUGGGACCUCAGCGCCAGCCCCCAGGAUCAUCCACUGCCAGUGGAGCCAGUGCCUCCAUGCCCAGCGGUCCUGUGAGCAGCCCUGGGAGCAUCCCCACCACUGUGCCCGUGCAGAUCCCGAAGCCCAGCAGGGUCCAGCAAGCCCUUGCAGGCAUGACGAGUAUUCUGAUGUCAGCCAUCGGACUCCCUGUGUGUCUUAGCCGCGCACCCCAGCCUGCCAGUCCUCCCGCCUCCUGUCUGGCCUCUAAAAGUCACAGCUCAGUUAAGAGAUUGAGGAAAAUGUCCAUGAAAGGAGGGACUCCAAAGCCAGAGCCCGAGCAGGUGAUAAGAAACUAUACUGAAGAGCUGAAGACAGCCCCAGAUGAGCUUGGAGGGCCUCUCCUGUUUUCUUCUCCUCUAUCUGGCUGUUCCUGCUGCUGUGUUGGCCUUUGCUUCUGUUCCUGCACUGGCCCCUGGCUCAUUGCUGCCUGUCCUUUCUCCUACUACGGUCAGCAGAUGAAGGCCUUUUCCUACAAGUCUCGCCUCUGGGUGCAGUGUCUCUUUUGGCGAACGUUCCCUGUGUUGGUCCCCCUCCAGGACUGCAUCAUCUGUAUGGAGAAACUGUCCAUGGUGUCUGGGUACAGUGACGUGACCAACAGCAGGACCAUUGGACCAGUGGCUGUAGGCCGCCUCACCAAGUGUAGCCAUGCCUUCCAUCUGCUCUGCCUGCUGGCCAUGUACUGCAAUGGAAAUAAGGAUGGAAGUUUACAGUGUCCUUCCUGCAAAACCAUCUACGGAGAGAAAACUGGGACCCAGCCUCGGGGGAAGAUGGAGGUGUUCAGCUUCCAGGUAUCCCUCCCUGGCCACGAGGACUGCGGGACAAUACUCAUAGUUUACAACAUUCCUCAUGGCAUUCAGGGCCCUGAGCACCCCAACCCCGGGAAGCCGUUUACUGCCAGAGGGUUUCCCCGCCAGUGCUACCUUCCCGACAAUGCCCAGGGCCGCAAGGUCCUAGAGCUGCUGAAGGUGGCCUGGAAGAGGCGACUUAUCUUCACAGUGGGGACGUCCAGCACCACAGGCGAGACGGACACGGUAGUGUGGAAUGAGAUCCAUCACAAGACAGAGAUGGACCGCAACGUGACAGGCCAUGGCUACCCGGACCCCAACUACCUGCAGAAUGUGCUGGCUGAGCUGGCUGCCCAGGGAGUGACUGAGGACUGCCUGGAGCAGCAGUGACCACCAGCUGGCAGCCAGCCGCCCAUCCCCACUGCUGGCUGGGCUGCUCUUGAGAUGGACCGGCAGGAAGGUGCUUUCCGCAGGAGCUGGCAUGUUUAUUGGGGGGUGGGCAUUUUCCACCGAAGCUGGGGCCUCUCCUGUUUGCCUUUCCUCCUUCCUCUUCCCCUCCAGGCCUGGAUUUGCAUGGGAAUCCCCAAGCCUGGGGAGUUGAACUUGUGGGGGCGUAAGAUGCAGCUACCUCAGUGCGGGGCCUGGCAUGGGCUGAGGAGAGACUGCCCCACCCCUAGCCAGGGGCAGGCAUGGGUCUGGGUCAGCUUCUCAUACCUCAGAUGUUCUGUUUGCAAUAAAUGUCCAAUAGCCAAA